AUGUCAGUCAAGCUCCAACGUCAGUUAGUGACUAAUCAUCCUUGGCUUUCAAAGUCUUUAUCUUCAAAAUCCAAGCAAGUAAAAGUUUUUGAAAAACAAAUCGGUGUGUCUAAAAAGGCUCAAGUAGCUUCUUAUGAAAUAGCUGAAUUGAUUGCUUUUAAAUUAAAACCUCACAAUUUGGCUGAGGAUAUUAUAUUACCAGCUUGUCGCAAAAUUUUAAAAAUAAUGAUUGGUGGAUCAGCAGAUAUUGAUAUUUGUAAAAUACCAUUUUCCAAUGACACAAUCCAUCACAGAAUUAAAGAUAAGUUGCAAAAUAUUGAGCAAAAUACUGCAAGAACUCUUGCAAAUUCAAAUUUUGCUCUACAAAUCGACGAAACAACAGAUAUUACAGGAAAAGCUUAA